UUUGUGUGUGGUUCUCUCGCUUUGUUAAUGAUAAUUAUGUAAUAGUUGAUAUAUUUGUUAUACUCUCUUUUUAAGGCCAUCUUUUGAUUCUGUUUUGACAAAAUCAUACCUUUGUUUCGUCCUUUUUUUACUUUUCUGUUUCUGCUUUAUCUCUUCUUGGUUUUCUCUCUAGUGGGAAUUCAAAGUUCUACGUUUCCCCUCCCCCCUCCCUCUCUCUUUACUUUGAAAUAACGGUCCCGUCUUAAUUUUGAAGUUGCUUUGAUGGGUUUCUUUUUUUUAAGUGGAAACUAAUUGCAAAAUGCAUACUUUGUUCUAUCUUUAUGUCUUUUAUGGACAACCCACCAGAAAUCUGAGGGUUUUAAUUGAGGUUGUGCCAAAUAGUAUGCUACUUUUCAACUCUUUGUUUUGAUCUUUUCCUUGGUUCUCUACUCAAGCAUAAAAGCCCGUUUAAUCGUUGAUUUGCGCAAUCACUUGUGGAUUAUAUUUGACCAAGAUUAAAAAGGUCAUGGUUUUCUACGUUGGGGUGUACAGUGACUAGUGUGGGAAUCUUUGAUGUUUUAGAUAGUCUUUUUCUUGGUUGACUAGCUAGCAAAAUUCGGAAUUUAACGCUAGAUCUGUUCUGGAAAUAAGAGGAAACUUUUCUAUUAAUUAAACCAUAGAUGUCUUUGUUCUGGGAUUGAGCAAAUGGGAGCUUGUGUUUCAACUAGUCGGAAUGCUUGCAGCAGUAAGAGCAAUGGAGAACCAUUUCCUCUGCCUUGCUUGGGGAUUGGUUUUUGCCGGCAAAAGAGAACUAAAAGAACAUUCUCUGAUCAUGUGGUCACACUACAACAUUUACCAUCCAUACCUAACAGGGUUUUCACCAAUGGAAAGAGCCGAACUUCUUGUAUAUUCACACAGCAGGGUCGCAAGGGCAUAAACCAGGAUGCAAUGAUUGUGUGGGAAGAUUUCAUGUCAGAGGAUGCGACCUUCUGUGGUGUUUUUGAUGGUCAUGGUCCUCAUGGCCAUCUAGUUGCCCGCAAGGUCAGGGAUGCCCUGCCUGUAAAAUUGCAAUCAUUUUUGAACUCUUGUCAGUCAAGGCAAAAUGGGUCAGAUCAAGCUUGUUUCAAGGGGAAUUUGAUGAAAUCAGAUGUUGGGGAUUUGGACAAGGAUGGCUCUGUCGAGGAUAAAUUGAAUUCUUUAUGGAGAGAAGCAUUCCUGAAGUCAUAUAAGGCCAUGGAUAAAGAGCUGAAAUCCCAUCCGAAUUUGGACUGCUUCUGCAGUGGGAGCACAGCUAUCACUAUUGUGAAACAGGGCUCCAAUCUAUUCAUGGGAUAUAUUGGGGAUUCCCGUGCAAUCAUGGGAUCUAAGGACAGCAAUGAUUCCAUGGUGGCAGUCCAGUUGACUGUUGAUCUGAAGCCUGAUUUGCCAAGGGAAGCUGAAAGAAUUAAGCGGUGUAAAGGUAGGGUGUUUGCAUUGCAAGAUGAGCCUGAAGUGCCAAGAGUUUGGUUACCAUUUGAUGAUGCCCCUGGCUUGGCAAUGGCUCGGGCUUUUGGUGACUUCUGUUUGAAGGAAUAUGGAGUGAUCUCCAUACCUGAGUUUUCACAUCGGACCCUUACAGAGAGGGAUCAAUUCAUCGUUCUUGCCUCAGAUGGGGUUUGGGAUGUCUUGAGCAACGAAGAGGUGGUUGAGAUUGUAUCCUCAGCUCCAACACGGGCAUCAGCUGCAAGAAUUCUGGUGGACUCAGCUGCUCGUGAAUGGAAGCUCAAAUACCCAACUUCAAAGAUGGAUGACUGUGCUGUUGUUUGCUUAUUUCUGGACGGGAAAAUGGACUCAGAAUCGGAUUAUGAUGAACAAGGCUUUUCCUCAGCAACUCUUGAUCAGAGCAAUCAUUCUGGCAAUGCUGCUGAAUCAGAUGAUGGGCAGAAAUCUGAGCCAUGUUUGCAAAGAAAUUUUACAGUUAGAUCUGCAGAAGAAAUUGAUAAUUAUGGAAGGCAAGCUGUUGAAGUUGAUGGAGAUGGCGGAGCAGUGAAUAAUGCUGAGGAUCAGAGUUGGUUAGGUUUGGAAGGAGUCACUCGAGUGAAUUCACUUGUUCAACUUCCAAGAUUUUCUGAGGAAAGACCAGGCCCAUAAUUUUUGUGGUAUCUACAUAGAUGAAAUGGGGCUGCCAUCAUUGUAAUAUUUUGGCUCUUGAGCCUCAUUAUACCCAGAAAGUUCUGUUGUUCUGGUGGCCAAUGUUUUGAAACUUUGUCCAGGUAAAUUAUCGCCGCGGUCCCUUUUGUUGUAUGUUCACAGAAAUGUAGAAAGACAGCUUUAUUCAGAGAAUUGAACUAAACAUAGCUCUGUUAAUACCACUUUAUCUUCUGUC